AGAGUAGAAAAUAAUAUUGUAGGGGGUGGAUUGAUUAUAAAAUGAUAUAUAAUAAUAAAAUGAUUGAGAAUUAGAAACUAGUGCAUAGAAAAUUAUCUAUUUUGGAAUAUCCUUUGAAUGAGUUGUUAGUUUUAGAUAAUUAGAAACUGAAGAUUACAAAAAAGAACUUUACUUGCCAAUUACAUUCAGGAAUAUCAAUAGACAUUCCAAAAUAGAUUUAAAAGUUCUAUAGGAAGCGGUUCUUCCUAUUUAAGAAAUUUAAUGAUGGCAUAUAAUUAGAUGAAGAAUCUUGGUAUUCAGUGAUACCAGAGGUAGAAUAUUGUAUAAUGAAUUAAGGAGAUGAGCAUUCAUAUUGCAAAUAAAUUAAAAACAAGUUCUCCAGAUUCUGAUGUAAUAGAUGGUUUUUGUGGUUCUGGAGGUUUAGCUAUUCAAUUGGCGAAAUGUUUUAAAACAGUAGUUUGCAUUGAUAUUGAUCCAAUGUAAAAUUAAAUAUUAUAAACUUAGAAAGAUCAAUAAUAUUACAAAUAAUUUGUAAGUGUAUGAGUCUAUAGCAACUGUAAUUUAGAUGAAUUUUCUCGAGUACACUCAUUCAAAAUAAGAUUUCAUACUCAUAAUGUGUCCUCCUUGGUAUAAUCUCAAUUAAACUUAGGGGUGGAUUGAACUACUCACAUUAACCUUAUGAUCUUAAUAGUAUGAAACCAUCUCUUUAAGAUCUUCUAACCAAAGGACUUUAAAUGACCAAUAAAAUUGUUCUGUAAUUGCCCAAAAAUAUAGAUAUACCAUAAUUAAUAAACAUUUUCAAAGAUGUUACUGACAAAUUAAGAUUAGAACUCAAACCCAUAGAAAUAGAAAUGAUGCUCAUCAAUGAGCAAAUUAAUUAAUUAAUUAUUUACUAUGGGUUAUGA